AUGGAAAAGCAAAAGCAGGCGGCAGAAACAGAGGAGUCUCUUUACACAGCCAUGGCCGACGAUAGACUAACCCAACUGCCAAUACAUAUACUUCACCACAUUCUCUGUUUCCUCUCCCAGAAAGAAGCUUUGAGAACUUGUCUACUCUCCAAACAAUGGCGCCACAUAGGAUCAACCCGCCCCAACCUCGAGUUUUCCGAACGGUUCGACAACACACAAGAAAAAUCUGUCACCGUCGUCACCGUCGUCAACCGAAUCCUACAAGGAUUUUGUGAUCAAAACCUCUCCGUACACCAGCUCCGUCUCGAGAUAAGGAGGUCCGACUUACGACCGGUCACCACCCUUCUCGAAAAAUGGAUUCCGAUGAUACCCGCCUUCAACAUAAAAGUGUUGAAACUCAACAUUCUUUUUAAUACUCAGGACCUCCCCUCGGCCAUCUUCUUAGCCGAGUCCCUCGAAGAACUACACCUGUGCAAUUGCAGGCUGUGUCCGGUCGAGAGCGUGCGGUUAAAAAGUCUGCGCGCACUCACCCUCGAACAGAAAUUGUUGGCAUAG